CAUGAUUAUGAUGAUACUGUAACUGUUGACAUCUGCUAGCAAAUAUGUUUUUGAAACCGUUUAGGGUAAAAACUCAGACAAGCAUCAAGGGAUCUGAUAGGAAGAAAGUCAAAUCCACUUUACAGAGCUGUUACCCAUCCAUAUCAACAAAGGAUGCCUGUGAUAUCGUUCCAAACAAAGCUGAGAUGACCAUUGCUAAAAUUAACACACACUCCGGAGUUAAUGUCCUCGUGUACUGUGUGGAAAAGAAUCCUGUUUUAAUAGAUGUUGAUGGAGUUGUCUUUCCUUCUGUGUACACUCUGUGGAAAUAUCCAGACCUCUUACCAGUGUUUAGAACACAUCCACCUGUUUUCACAAAACUAGCAGGUGGUGCAGAUUUAAUGUUACCAGGGGUUGUCGUUGAAGGAGACAUAACUCCUAAAACAUUUGCUCACAUUGACAAAGGAACAGUUUGUUCUAUCUCAUUGGUGGGAAAUCGGAGCCCAGUGGCUGUUGGUACAGCCGUCAUGUCAGGAAGUGACAUGUUUGAUUCUGCAAUGAGAGGAAAGGGAAUCCAUGUACUGCAUAUCUUAGGAGAUGAAUUAUGGGCCUUUGGAGAUAAAUCAAAGCCACCUUUGUUACCAGAAGAACCUCAAGAUACAGCCAUCGACACAGCUAGUUCACUCGGGAAUGAAUCUAAAGAUAGUAACACAGCUCAGGUUAUAAACUUGUCAGAUCCCUCCCAGGGGUCAGAUCAGUGUGAGGAAGGUCAAGGACCCCAGCAGGAAACAGCAGUAGAGGACAUCCCCAGUGAGAAAGAGGAAGAUGAGAAAUUAGUGUUGUCUGCAGACAAAUUGAGUUUAGAGGAGGAGGUGCCAAAAGAGGAAACUGAGGAGGAGGUGCCAAAGGAGGACUUUGAGGAUCAGUCACCUGCUGAAUCAAUGGAUGACCUUUUCAAAUUGUGUUUCCAGUGUGCUCUGAAAAAAUCACUAAAACCAGCAGAUCUACCCGUUCUAACCAGUGCUUUCUACAAAGUCCACAUGGUUAAAUUCUGCCCAGCAGAUAAACAUUUAGAUGUCAAAAAAACUUCAUUUAAAAAGUUGUCAAAGUUUCUGAAGGAAAUGGAGAAGCUGGGUUAUGUUAAAGUGAAGGAAUUAACAAAAGGAGUGGAGAGCAUAACAGAAAUGAAUAAAGACCACCCAGAAUUACGGCACAUUUCUCCACCAGAGGGAGCUGCAGUUCUGGAACUGCCCCCUGAGGGACCUACCAGACAGUAUGAACCUCCUCGCAUCACAGACAUGUUGUCUGUCACAGCAGCAGUUAUUUCCCUUGUAAAAGAUUUAGGACUAAAGAAAGGGAGUGCAAUAACAGGAACAGAGCUGAGGAACAUCGUCAAUGAAUAUGUGAGAAAGAACAAUCUACAGGAUGAAAACAACAAAAGCAUGGUUAAACUAGAUCCAUUGUUGGCUUCCAUAGUCCUGGGUAAGGGAGAAAAUGAUGUCACACAAUUACGAUGGGAUGAUUUAACCUCAAGAAUUGCAAACAAAAUGCAGAAUGUUUACAAAGUAGAAUUCCCUGGACAAACUCCAAUUAUUAGGAAAGGCAAAAUAGAGGAAAUAACACUCAAUGUGUUCCAAAGAGGAUCCAAUAAAAAGGUGACUACAGUGGAUAAUCUGGAAGUGUUUGGUCUGGAUCUAAAGGAGAUUGCACAUGAAAUCCAGAUUACAAUUCAGUGCAGCUGUACUGUAUCCACAAGUAGUUCCAAUAAAACUCAAGUGGUCAUCCAAGGCAAUCAGAUAGCCUUUGUUACAGAUCUAUUGACAGGAAAAUAUAGGAUUCCAAAGAAGUACAUCAAAGGUUGGGAAAAGGCUCCAAAAGGGAAGCGGAAAUGACGUGAUCUUAAAUUAUCAACUUACAAAUAAAAUGUUACAACUAGCAUAACUAUUUUGUGC